GUUUUAAGUUUUAAUGAGAAAUUAAAAAGGUGAAAGCAAUAGAAAAAAGGGUUUGCUGAAAGAUAAUGGUGGUGGAAUCAUUUGUAAAGAGCAAGGGAGAACUAGAAACCAAGAGCAAAACCACAUGGAAUUUGUGGGGAUCAUUCAAAAUAUUCAGUAAUCAAAUACCAGUAUUCUCAGAUCUCUAGGAUCUGAGAAAUUCAGGAAAACGAUGGUUGCUUGUUUCUCGAGAAAAUUCUCUCUUUUUCACUAGCUCUUUGUCUUACCUCAUUUGGUGCUAAUUCUACUACUUACCCUUUGAUUCGUAUUCUCCCGGACUUAACUCAUUCCCCAGAGAAAAGUCUUGCUAGCAAUCUGGGUGUUAAUCAAGAACCAGUUUUGGGAAACUUUCAUUUGAAGUGAAAAGGUUGGAAAAAAGAAAGUUGCUUUGAAGGGUAAUGGUGGGUUCAGCUUCUGUGGUUCUGAUUACGAAAGUGACAUAACAGCUUGUGCUUGGAUAAAGCAAAGAUAGACACUUCAGCUUCAUGUGAAUGAAUGAAUGAUGGCUGGUCGUGGUUUUGUUGAUCAAAAGAAAGUAAAGUUUGAAUGAGCUGAGUGACUCUGGUUUUUAGCAGUGUGGAAAUGAAGAAUUUGAUGUUGUUUAAACUGAGCUCACUGUUUUUGGCAAUGAUGGAGAUUUCUUCUGCUACUCUUUCUCCAGCUGGUAUAAACUAUGAAGUGGUUGCUUUAAUGACCAUUAAAUCAUAUCUAAACGACCCAUAUAAUGUUCUGGAGAAUUGGGAUUCAAAUUCUGUUGAUCCAUGUAGUUGGAGGAUGGUUACUUGCUCUCCAGAUGGCUAUGUUUCUGCUUUGGGACUUCCUAGUCAAAACUUGUCUGGGACUUUAUCCCCAUUGAUUGGGAAUCUUAGUGAGCUGCAAUCAGUGUUGCUUCAGAAUAAUGAUAUUUCAGGUCCGAUUCCGCCUACCAUUGGGAAGUUAGAGAAGCUGCAGACUCUUGAUUUCUCCAACAAUACUUUCAGCGGCGAAAUACCGACUUCCUUUGGAGACUUGAAAAACCUCAACUAUUUAUGGUUAAACAAUAAUAGUCUUACCGGACCCUGCCCGGAUUCUUUGUCAAAAAUUGGAGGUCUUACUCUUGUGGACCUGUCUUAUAAUAAUCUGAGUGGUUCCCUACCAAAAAUAUCAGCAAGGACUUUCAAAGUUAUAGGUAACCCUUUAAUUUGUGGGCCUAAAACGGGCAACAACUGUUCUGCCGUCUUUCCGGAGCCUCUUCUUCUCCCACCAGAUGGUCCAAAAGCUCAAUCAGACUCUGGAUCAAAAGGCCAUCUUGUAGCUGUUGCUUUUGGUGCUAGCUUUGGUGCUCUUUUUUUCAUCGUACUGUUUAUCGGGUUUCUUGUUUGGUGGCGAUAUAGACACAACCAGCAGAUUUUCUUUGAUGUACAUGAACAAUACGACCCGGAAGUAUGCUUGGGACAUUUGAAAAGUUAUACUUUUAAGGAACUGAGGGUGGCGACCGACCAUUUCAACUCGAAGAAUGUUCUUGGCAGAGGUGGAUUUGGAAUAGUGUACAAGGGUUGCUUGAAUGAUGGGACUGUGGUGGCUGUUAAAAGGCUGAAGGACUAUAACAUAGCUGGUGGUGAAAUCCAAUUUCAGACCAAAGUAGAGACGAUAAGUUUAGCUGUCCAUCGUAAUCUUCUCAGGCUUUCCGGAUUCUGCACGACCGAGAACGAAAGGCUUCUGGUCUACCCCUAUAUGCCGAAUGGCAGUGUAAUGUCUAGAUUAAAAGAUCAUAUUCAUGGUAGGCCAGCUUUAGACUGGGCAAGGCGGAAGAGGAUAGCCUUAGGUACGGCUAGGGGGCUUGUAUAUUUGCAUGAACAGUGUGACCCAAAAAUCAUUCAUCGCGAUGUCAAAGCUGCCAACAUUUUGUUGGAUGAAGACUUCGAGGCGGUUGUUGGAGAUUUUGGAUUGGCAAAGCUUUUAGAUCACCAAGAUUCUCAUGUUACUACAACGGUUCGUGGUACUGUUGGUCACAUCGCUCCCGAAUAUUUAUCAACAGGUCAGUCAUCUGAGAAGACAGACGUAUUUGGGUUUGGGAUCCUGCUCCUUGAGCUAAUCACAGGUAAGAAGGCCCUGGAUUUCGGACGAGAGUUGAACGAGAAGCACGUAAUGCUUGAUUGGGUAAAGAAGCUACAUCAUGAAGGUAAACUAAGCCUGCUGGUGGAUAAGGAUCUAAAAGGCAACUUUGACAGAAUUGAGUUAGAAGAAACGAUUCAAAUUGCUCUUCUAUGCACUCAAUUCAACCCUCUGCACCGUCCGAGGAUGUCUGAAGUAUUAAGGAUGCUAGAAGGUGACCGUCUGGUCGACAAAUGGGAGGCCUCGCAAACGAUCGAGACACCUAGGUCCCGAUCGUGCGAUAACCCUCCUCUACAAAGAUACUCCGAUUUCCUGGAUGAAUCUUCGUUCGUGGUGGAAGCCAUGGAGCUUUCCGGUCCGAGGUAAUGAAUGUCGGGUUUGAACUUCGGUGACUUCUCAAUUGAAGCGCUAUGAAUUGGAAAAAA